AUGCUGCCUGAGAAGUAUAUUUGCCCGACAGAUGGACCCGUUUCUAACUUGAAGCCAUCGCAGAGCUUCGCUAAGCUCACUGAGCGGCAGCAGCAGUAUGCUACGUUCCUCUCCCUCGCCGCCUUUGCUGGAGCCCCCGUCCUCUUCGAUCAAUGCUCCCAGCACACGCGCCGCAUCCACGCGUUCCUUGCGGAGUACUUGAAGAUCCACAUAGAGGCGCCUGACAGGGGAGCCGCACUGAAGACUGUUGAGACUGCAGUUGGGGUAGAUAACCGCGAAACACUCCAGUAUCUGCACGACUACGCUGGACACUUUUACUUCAAUUGCUCUGAGUAUCUUGGGUUUGGGGAUACGAAAUUCAUCCCACGCUGCACUAAGGAGAGCUUAGAAGUCGUGGUCAAGCUUCUGGGAGAGUCAACACACAAGGGAACAGGGCUCGUUGAUGCUUUCUAUACAGCGAGGGACGGAAUGUACGAUACAGCGCCCGAGCAGCUUUCGCUUGGCUUCCACCCAGCGGGAUGCACAGCAUACUACCAGCCGGCGGACUUCUCAGAGAGCGAGGCCAAGCAGAUCAACGAUCUGAUGACGGCGAAGAAGAUGAUGCAUGAAAACUCUCAUGUGAUACGCCACGACACCUGGUACGAGAUCUCCCUCGCCUCCGUUGAGGUUGCAGAGAGGGGUGAGCCAAUAGGAGUUUGCAACGGCAAGGAGGUUCACGUGACCCGCGGACGAGGGUCUGCAGAGCUGGCCAAGGCAUGCUACUGGCUCAAGAAGGCGCGAGACUUCGCCGACAACGACUCGCAGAGGAAGAUGCUUGAUGCCCUCGUCGAGCACUACAGGACAGGGGACUGCGACCUCCACAAGAGAUACUCGGAGCACUGGGUCCAGGAUAAGGACGUCACUGUUGAAACGUACCAAGGCUUCGUGGAGACGUACCGCGACCCCAGCGGUGUUCGCGCCGAGUAUGAGGCCUUCGUCGCAUGUGUCGACCCCGAUGUCUCCAAGGCCCUGCACAACUUGGUGGAGCGUGCCUCAGAGAUACUCCCCCUUCUUCCCUACCCACGCGCCCUGGAGAGAGACAAGUUUAUCCCGCCCGUCUACAACGCUAUCAAUAUUAUGGUCUUUCCAGCUACAGGCAUGCCCAUUGGAAUUAAUAUUCCCAACUACGAUGAUGUCCGCACGAACACUGGAUUCAAGAAUGUGAGCCUUCUUAACGUUAUGCAGGCCUCUUCGACCUCACGAACCACCACAGACUACCUUCCUGAUGAUAUCGUCAAUGAUUAUAUGAAGUAUGCGCUUAUGACCUUAACAAUAAAUGUCGCACUCCACGAACUCUUCGGGCACGGGACAACAAAGCUCCUACAGGAGAGCGAUCUGCAGAACGGGAUUUUGAAUCCUCUAGAUGAGAAUGGAGGAAAGCUAACAACAUGCUACAAGGAUGGAGAGACGUACUCAAGCGUCUUUGGGGCAAUGAGCAAUGCCUUCGAGGAGUGCAAAGCAGAGACGACGUCCUUACACCUCUGCACAUCUAAGGUGGUGCAUCAGAUAUUCCAGCUUAGUCCGGACGAUGCAGAGAGGCUGCCUUACUUUAGCGUCUAUCAAAUGAUUCUCUCUGGAGUGAUGGGAUUGAUCCAUUACUCGCCGGAAAGUAAAAAGUGGCUGCAGGCGCAUUGCCAGGCGCGCUAUGCUAUUCUUCAGGCGUGCCUAAAGUGGGCUCCGGAGACCAUAGAAUUCCCGGAGACAGGUGAUGGUAUCUUCAAAGUUGUUAUCAAGAAGGAGGCUGUUCCUAUCAUUCUCAACGCCGUGAACAAGCUUCUUCUGCAUAUAGCAACGUACAAGGCGUCAGCAAAUUAUACUGAUGCCCAGCGAUUUUUCAGUGAGUUAACGGAGGUCACUGAUGAGUGGGUUGCCCGUCGUGCCAUCUUAGAGAAGCGCAGGAAGCCACGCAUGCUUCACUGCGGCGCGUUGAUACGUCAAAGCGAUGAGGGCUAUACUCUCGUAGAUUCUACCGGCGCUGAGCCGUGCUACUUAGAUCUUGCCGUUGGUGUGUGUGCGAACAUUCUAUUGGCUCUCCAAGGGAAAUAA